AUUGGCCAAUACUUCAGGCGAGAGUAUUUGGUUUGGUCUCUCCAGAUUUCCUUGGCUCUGUUCUCACAAUUGCUUUGUAGCUCAGAACAGCAACUACUGAGACCACCAGGAGAAGAGAAUGGUUCUAAACAACGCUGUAGUUCUCGGGGUCUUGGCCCUGACUGCCAGCAUGAGGCUUUGUGGAGGUCAAGACAUCAAGGCUGACCACGUUGCUUCCUUUGGCGUGACCAUGUACCAGUUCUAUGGAGAUUCUGGUCAGUACACCUUUGAAUUUGAUGGAGAUGAAGAGCUCUAUGUAGACCUGCAGAAGAAGCAGACUGUCUGGAGGCUUCCUCUGUUUACCGAAUUUACAAGUUAUGAUCCACAAGGUGGACUGAGAAACAUAGCUUCAGCAAAGCAUAACUUGGGCAUCAUGACUAGAAGAUCCAAUUCUACUGCAGCUAUCAAUAAAGUUCCUGAGGUGACAGUAUUUCCCAAGUCUCCGGUGGUGCUGGGUGAUCCCAACACCCUCAUCUGUGCUGUGGACAACAUCUUUCCUCCUGUGAUCAACAUCACAUGGUUGAUCAAUGGACGUUUGGUAACAGAAGGCAUUUCUGAGACCAGCUUCCUGUCCAGGGAUGAUCACUCCUUCCUCAAGAUCGCGUACCUCACCUUCCUUCCUUCUGCGGAUGACGUUUACGACUGCAGAGUGGAGCACUGGGGCCUGGACAAGCCUCUUCUCAAACACUGGGAACCUGAGAUUCCAGCCCCUAUGUCAGAGCUGACAGAGAACGUGGUCUGUGCCCUUGGAUUGAUUGUGGGGCUUGUGGGCAUUGUGGUGGGCACUAUCUUCAUCAUCAGAGGCGUGCGCUCAGGUGGUGCCCCUCAACACCUAGGACCUUUGUGAGUUACAAGGAAAGGUACACUUCCCAUGUGCAGGAGCAGAAAACUGGACACGCAAGAUGGCUGGGCACUAAUUUCUAUGCUUCAUCAUAUUUUUUAUCUUUUGUAAAUGCUCCACCUCCCACCUCUUCUCUAGGCCCUAAAAGUCUGUAUACCCUCCAAGCUCAUUACCCUCAAAGUUCUCCCCCAACCUCCUGAUUGUUACCCUUUCCCAAAUGUUAUUUACUAUCAAGUACCUCGGAUAACUGACCCAGAUACCUGCUUCUCAGUGACUCUGAUCCAAUAUUUCCAUGGAAGCAAUAAAUCCUCCUUUAUGAA